AUGAAUAUACCCUAUACAAUGUUAAUUCGUGCAAUUAAAUAUUGUUCUACAUUUGAAACAUAUGUAGAUGAACGUGAAAAAUUAAGAAUGGCUUUUCUAUUGAAUAAAUAUCCAAAUGAAUUUAUCGAUAAACAAUUCGAUCGCGUAUUCCAAAAACAUAAUUUAAUACAACCUGUAGCCGCAAACGAUUACAAAAUUAUACGAGAAAAAUUAAUUUAUUCACAAAAAAAUGAAAACAUUCAAAUUGAUUAUAGAAGAACACUAUUUGUUCAUUUUACAUAUUGUUUAAACAUGAAAACAUUCCCGACAAAAUUUCAUGCACUUUGGAACAAAUAUUUUACAGAAUCUCCAAUAAAUGAAAUAAAACCGGUGCUAGAAGGUAGCCCGAUAUUAUUAGUUAGUGAGAAUAGCAAUAAGGAACCAGUAGAAAAGAAAGCAAGACCCGACACCCCAGUUGAUUCAGCAGCAAAGAGACCCCGACUUUUUUCACACGUUUUCAAACCACCGAGAGUAGCCCCCCGAUCUCAACAACAACAAGAGAUAGUCAUCCAACAUGAAGAAGUUUUACCCCUUUUACCAACAACACCACCAGUUUCAAGUCCACGACAGAGUACACCGAGAACACCAAUAGCACCACCAAGACCAUUAACAACAAGUCCGCAAAUUGAGCCAUCAUACCAAGUUGAGAAUAGAGAUGAACCCCAAAUAGUUGAGAUUAUACAAGUUAAUGAGCAGGUAGCACCAAUGGAACAAGAAAUAGUUAGAAAUUCACCCUCAGUAAUUCCCAAAGAUAUGGAGGACUUUAAAAUAGAAUUAUUUGACUUUCCGAUUAUACCAAUUGAAUGUAAAUUCCAUUUUAAGAUCUUCCAUAUCAGAGCGAAUAGAGAAAAUAUAACAGCACAUAGAGAAUUCUUAGAAAAGAAAGCGAAACAACAGGAAAUUGAGUUAGAACAUCUAAUGGAAAAUUCCAAUGGAGAUAUACGUAGAAUAGUAGUAAAGUAUAUUAGAGAGAUAGUUGACCCACUGAUAGAUAGUUUAAAAAUUUCAAACCAGAAGCGCUUAGACAACCUUAUCUUAGACCAGAUGAAAGAAAAGGCCUUAAGAACAAUUAGAAAUAGUAAAGAUAAGAAUAGUUUAGAAUCUAUAGAUAAGGCACAGAUAAGAUUUGAGCGUACAUUACAACUGAAAUAUCAGCUAGAUAAGUUAGAUAGAAGAUUAAAUGAGAAUAUGCCCCCACCAUCAUUAAAUAUAAUAGAUAAGUUACAGUUUCGUAGUAAGGAAUUAAAUAAGGAAAUUAUAGAUCAGUAUAAUGAGCAGUGGAAUAAUAUCUUGAGAAAGACUAAGUUAGAUCUAACAUCCAUAAUGAGAAUAGCUAAAAUUACAGAAAUAGAUAAGGGGGAGAAAGAAUAUUUAGAGUUAGUUGAGAAAAUACCCUUAGAGAUAAGAUC